AUGAAUGCAAAAUGGUCCAAGCAUAAGAAGAUUGGCGAUGCCUCCGCUGGGGUGCAGGUGCUCGCAGAGAACCAGCCGUCCGCCACACAACCCGCACCGCCAACGACAACAGAAGCAGAGGGAGCCGCAGGUGCCGUCCCCGCUCGCAAAAAGCAGCGGCGUCACAAGCGUGGCACGGAGCACCAGCAACAGCAACCGCUCGAUCCCGAGGAGGCGGCGCGGCGACAGCGACAGCGGGAGCUGCGCGCCCUGGCCAUGAAGCUCAGGACAGAGGGCAAGGACUACGUUCCCCCUAGAAAGGGCUCCCAGCCACGCGUCUCGGAAAGCGGGAAGCGGCGUCAGCAGCUGGAGGGUUCCGGCAAAGGCGGUGAAGACCGCAAGGGCCGGCACUACCUGGGCGACAAAACACCGGGGUGGCGACCUUUCAGUUCUGUGGAGGUGAUCGUGCUGCCCAUUUUUUGGAACAAUAACAAGGAGGAAAAGACAGCCGUGCUGGCGGCUUCGGAGCGAGCGCGCGACAUUUUGGCGUCUGCUGGUCUCAGCGCGGAUAUGGACGCGUCCAAUAAGUACACCCCGGGACAGAAGAUGAAGUACUGGGAGACUAUGGGUGUGCGAGUGCGGGUGGAGCUGGGGCCCCGGGACGUGGCCAACGGCAACUGCGUGGUGGCGCUGUCCACCAAGGCCCCAGGAGAAGUGGCGACCAAGAAUGUGGUCAACAUGCGACACAAGAUGCUGGACGCUGUGAGGGCGGCGCUGGAGAAGGCGAAAUCAACCGUACAGCAGCAGGGGGAAGAGAAGGAGAAGAAGAUAAAGGACGAUGAGGAGGAGGUUACCGCGGGUAGUGACGGCGAAGACGACGAGCAGCAACAUCACCAGCAGCAAACACAGCUGAAACGGGGUAGAGCGGAGAGACGGAAAGGCGACGGCGGCGCCGGGAGGAACCCUGCAGCAGCAACAGCGGCCAACGGCGACGAGGAGGGUGCGGGCGUACGGCCGAGGGAAAACGAGGAGGAGGAUGGCGAGGAGGAGGAGGAGGAUGUGGUGGCGGCGGCGGUGGCAGCCGUCAAGUCUCGCCAGGGCGGUGUGUUGCAGCGCACUUCCAAUGCCGAGGCCCGGAAGCUCAAACAGCAGCGGGCUGGGGAGCAGGGCGCCGGCAGGAUGAAGGGCUCCAUAGACGGUGAGGAGGAAGGUGCUGUUGCGGCUACGACCCCGACCCCGACCGCUGCGGACAGAGCCGCAAAACAGCCUGCAGCCUCGGCGCCAGCACCGGGCGCGGAUAAGGUUCCGUACAGUGCGGACGCGCUGGAUGACGACUUUGCGAAUAUCGCAGAGUUUGAGGCGGAGGAGGACAAGCUGACCUUGAGUAAGAAGGAGCGGCUGAAGAAGGCGGCUAAGCAGGCCAAGGCGAAGAGGAAAGCAGAGCGACGGGCGGGCAUGGGAGGCUCAGAGGACGGGGCGGAGGAGGGGCCAGCGGGCGAGGAGCGGGAGGUGCCGAGCUGGGGCAAACAAGGGGCUGUGCAGCCGGCGGCGGGGCCUGGCAGCAAGAAGCACAAGGUCGUCACGUUCUAG